CCGGAGCCGGGAUGACCGCCAGUGACCCCGGAACGCGAGCCGCUGCCGCCGAAGGCUCGAGCUGAGGCCGGACUCCGGACACUGACCCGCAGGACCGGAGCAUGGACACGGGCAGCCCGAGGCCGGCCCACAACGGGCUGCAGAACGGCUUUCACCCGGGGCCCAGCCGCCGCAGCCCGGAGCGGGAGAACGAGUCACCCGCCAAGAAAUGCCGCAUCCGCAGGAGGAUCGACUCGGGGAGAAAAAACAGACCCCCAUUCCCAUGGUUUGGGAUGGAUAUUGGUGGAACGCUUGUCAAACUCGUGUAUUUUGAGCCGAAGGAUAUCACUGCUGAAGAAGAGCAGGAGGAAGUGGAGAAUCUGAAGAGCAUUAGGAAGUACCUUACUUCUAACAUAGCUUAUGGAAAAACAGGGAUUCGGGAUGUGCACCUGGAGCUGAAGAACUUGACCAUGUGUGGACGUAAAGGGAACUUGCAUUUUAUUCGCUUUCCAACACAUUCUAUGCCUAAAUUCAUCCAAAUGGGUAGAGACAAAAAUUUCUCUAGUUUGCAUACCACUAUGUGUGCAACAGGAGGUGGUGCCUACAAGUUUGAAGAUGAUUUCAGAAUGAUGGCUGACCUACAGCUCCACAAACUGGAUGAGUUGGACUGUUUAAUCCAAGGCCUUCUUUACAUUGAUUCCGUUGGGUACAAUGGUCAAUCUGAGUGCUACUAUUUUGAAAACCCCACUGACCCUGACCAGUGCCAGAAAAAACCGUACUGCUUAGAUAACCCUUACCCAAUGUUGCUGGUCAACAUAGGUUCAGGGGUCAGCAUCUUGGCUGUUUAUUCCAAAGAUAAUUACAAAAGGGUAACGGGAACCAGUCUUGGUGGAGGAACUUUCCUUGGCCUGUGUUGCCUGCUUACUGGAUGUGAAACCUUUGAAGAAGCUUUAGAAAUGGCAGCAAAAGGAGACAGCACUAAUGUAGAUAAACUCGUUAAGGAUAUUUAUGGAGGAGACUAUGAACGGUUUGGCUUACUUGGGUGUGCAGUAGCUUCUAGCUUUGGUCACAUGAUGAGUAAGGAGAAGCGAGAUUCCAUUAGUAAGGAAGACUUGGCCAGAGCGACACUGGUUACUAUUACAAACAACAUUGGAUCCAUAGCUCGAAUGUGUGCAUUGAAUGAGAACAUCAACAGGGUAGUGUUCGUUGGAAACUUCCUGAGAAUCAAUAUGGUCUCCAUGAAAUUACUGGCUUAUGCUAUGGAUUAUUGGUCCAAUGGGCAAUUGAAAGCCUUAUUCUUGGAACAUGAAGGUUAUUUUGGAGCUGUCGGUGCAUUGCUGGAAUUACUCAAGAUGACAGAUGCAUCCUGAGUUGCUGAGUCGGACACAGGAGUUGACAAAGAGGACAUGUAUUUUUAAAAGCUACUAUCCAGAAAUUAGUGCCAGAAUGGAACUUGUCUAACGAAACAAUUAACUAUUUAGUUUUCAUAUCAGGUUAAGUAUAAAUUGCUUGCUUUACAGCAGCUACUGUUGUACUGCACUGAAACUCAUUUCGAAGGGAAGUUGAGUAAUCUAUUGUAUGUACUGUAUAUAUUUUAAACAAUGUGCAAAAUAGCCAAAACCAACUGGUUUAUUGUAUUAAUAUUUGGAGAUAAUUUCUGUAUAAAUGUGAACCGUUCUUAAUUUUCUCUCCUGGGAUGUACUUGCCUUGUGAAUGAUCAUACUGUAAUGAUUUAAGUAUUAUUUAUAAAUCACCUGGAAGUUGUUUUGCCAUUUUUCAUUUGAAACUACAAAGCUGAAGAUGAACCUGUAUUUGUGUAGUGUUGAUUUUGUUGCCUUUGUAAAACUGUCCUGCAUAUUUAUAAAAAAAUGACCUUUCUUUGAAAAUGCACAAGUAGUGACCAUGGCAGAUGUGCUGAUCAGACGUUCAACUUGAAAGCCUAUGCUUUCUUGAUGUUCUAAUAUCUUUUUGAUGUAAGUGCUAAUCCAGUCACAACAAGACGCUUUUUCAUGUAAACACUGUCUUGGCCACACAAGUGAAGGUACCUUUCCACUAAUGUGGAAAUUUUGGAUAAUUUGUUCUUAUUUUUAAGAAAAGCCACUUCUUAAGAACUACUGUAUGAUGGAAAAUCCAUCAAACUACACAAGGCAUUGUACUGUGGCAGUUCAUUGUCUGAUCUUUCAAAACUGUAUUUAAAAAGAACUGCUGUCAUUGUACCGUGCAUUUUGAGAUAGGUGCCUCUAGUUAAUAGUAAAUACUUGAAGUGUGCAGUAUAAUGACUGAAUAUAACCACAAAAAUAGGAAAACCUAAUGUAGGCGUGUGUGUGGUUUAAGAAUUGGCUUUCUCGUGGAAUAUAUUUCACAUUCCAUUGAUAUCAUGAUAUUUCUGACAUAUUGACUUCAGUUUUGAGGACCUUUUUAAAAAAAAUUGAUUGCAUGAAAUGUCCUUCUUUCUGAAUUUCAUGAUGGCAGGAGUUGAUUGACUCUAAUAUUGUAAUGAAUUUUAAUUGGAAUGGUCUACCCCUUCCUCUGCAUUACAGAUUUUAACUAAACUCUUCACUUUUCGAUCUGUGUGCAUUGAUCUAUUGUUUAACUGCAAUCUUGAGCUAUAAAUGCUAUUGUAACUAGUCAUUCUAUCUACAUUUUGUUCUGUUUUACAUGUAUAUCUGAAGAAAAGACUGACUAAGAACACUGUAAAUCAGCGUUGUCACAUUUUUAAAGCAAAUUAUAAAGAUUUGCUAUGUGUCUAUGGCUAGGAGCCAAGGUUGUAUACAGUUCAUUCUCUGGAUGUGUUCUUUCUGCUUUUGCCUCCCAGAUAUAUCACCAGUCCAAUCUGCAAAUUUAUCUUGGCUAGAAGCCUUUAGCAAUCAACUCCAUCUAGUUCUAGUACAGAGAGAGUAUGCACUCCACAUCUGGCGCAGAGGGAUGUGUGCUCCACCCUAAUUUGGUCACUUAUGGAGACUGGUUUCACAUGUUUUUCAGUGAACUAAUUCAGUACACCAUCAGCAUUUACCUUAUUGAACACAAAAGAGUGAGCACCCCGAGAAGAGCUGAAAUAUAUAAGGUUACUGAUUUAUAUUGUUUCUUUUAUUUGUGAAAUGUCACAGCUGGUUAUUGAGCAUCGAAGAAUGCCAUUCGAUUCAUGUUUCAAUGAAUAUUUAUUGCCUAUCCCUAGUUGCCCUAUUGGAGGUAGUGAUAAGCCUACUUCUGCAGGCUGAAUGGGUGGAAAUAUGCCCACAGUGCUGUUAAGUAGGAAUUUUGAUCCUGUAACUGUGAAAAGAUGGCAGUGUAUUUCCAGUUGGGUUGAAGUGGAAUUUGAAAGUGAUGGCAUUCAGUGCUUGAUCUACGUAUUGAGGUAUUAGGUUGGAAGCAUUAAGUUGCUGCAUACAACUUGUAGAUGGUACAUGGGAGCGCCACACUGCAUCACUGCUGGUGGGAGUGAAGUUUAAAGUGUUGGUGGGGUGCCAAUUAGCUUGAUAGUUUAGCUUUGGAUGAUUUCAAAAUUCUUGGGUGUUGGAAGGCAUUCAUCCAGGCAAAUCGAAGGUAUUCUGUAACAUUCCUGAUUUGUGCCUUUAGAUGGUGCAGACAUUUUAGAGAGUCAGGAGGUGAGUUAGUUGCUGUAGAAGUCCUCUUGCAACUACAGUAUUUGCAUAGCUGGCCCAUUUCACUUUUUGGUCAAUGGUUAACCCCUCAGGAUAUUGUUGGGGGAGGGGGGUGGUUUGGUGAUGGUAAUUGUCAAAUUGGCAUUGCAUGCAUGCAGGCAUAGGCUGCUUCAUUAUCUGAGAUGUUGAAAGCGAAACUGAACAUUGCAGUCAUCAGCUGACAAAAUCUGAAAUCAUAACACUAAACUUUAAUGGUAUGUGAUAUUGGUUCUUAGCCUGUUAUAUGUUGUUCUUAGUCUAUUUUAAUCUGUAAAAUUGAGUUGUAAACGAUUUUAAUCCAAUUGGGACAGUCAACAAAAUUUACAUCUUAAAAUAAAGACUUGAAGUAUGUCUGA